AGGAAAGAAAAGACGUUUAACCAUAAUUGAAUGUGAAAAUGACAUGAAUAUGAUGAUUGAUAUUGCAAAAGUUGCAGACCUGGUAGGUUCUGAUAAAUUCUUUUGGAUAAUUAUGCCGUCCCAGAUUAAAACCCGGAAGUGAACGCGAGGUGCAUGCGUCAUUUUCACGUCGUGUUAGACGUCGCGUCGUGUUUUCUAGAUCUAGCUAAUUGCAUGUUCUUGCCUUGUUGCAGCAAGUUGCGCCUGUUACCCCUUCGCCCUUUUCCCGCCCAAUUUGUGUUUUAGUUAUACUUUGUUUGUUCAACAAGUAUAUACCAUUAUAGAUUGUAUUUUUCCCACUGACUCGUAAGUGUGAUAGGUGCCGGAGAGAUGCCUUGGCAGAAUUUUCAUGGCGAACUGCUUUGUUGCUGUUGCUGCUUUACCCUGUUACUGCUUUGUUGCCAUGCCAAUACGUUUUGCCAGCAAGACGUUGCAGCCUUCGACCACAAACGGCACCUACCCCCAAACACUAAUACUAUGCCGUUAAUUAAUGUCAACAAAUAUUUUUCACCUGCGUAUGCUUUUGUCGUUUUCCUUUGUCUGCAUGUGACAGCGUUGUAUCCCCCUCCCCCCACCCCCAUUCUUAGUUCUGUUUCGUCAAUAUGAUCUAGCUGUAUCUAUAACAAUCUAACCUGUAUCUAUAGCAAUCUACUGCAAAAAAAUCUAAAAAUUUAGUAAAAUAAUACACCCACUGCAGUAACUCAAACUUUGAGUAAAAUUACUCAAAUUUAUGAGCAAAUUUACUUCUUGUGUUGUUUUUUUUUUAGUAAAUUUGCGUCAUUUUCCUCAAAAUUUUGAGUCACUGUGACUGAGGAAAAAUAAUGUGCAAUAUUGUAAAUAAAAUAUUACUUGGCUCUUUUUAGGCCUUGCUUCUUAUCGAUGCUAGUUUUGGGUUUGAGAUGGAAAUCUUUGAAUUCCUCAAUAUUUGUCAGGUUCAUGGUUUUCCUAAAAUUAUGGGCGUCCUUACACAUCUUGACCUUCUCAAGGACAACAAGUCUUUAAAGAAAACUAAGAAGAGAUUGAAAAACAGAUUUUGGACUGAGGUGUACCAGGUAUGUACUGUAUGUGACUGUUUAGUUCAAUUAAUUCGCCAUCAUACAUACAUUUAUAAAUAUAUAUAUAUAACAAUUCGAAAAAAAAUAUAGGCUAUAAUGCAUAAUAAUAUGUAUAUACUGUAUAUAUGUAUUGUUGUCUUGUCUACUUAAAAUAAAUCAAUAUAGAUCACAAGUUGUGAUAUAUAUCACAAGUUUUUAUAUAUUCCACAAGUUGCAAUAUACAGUAUAUCACGCACUUUUAAUACAUAUAUAUGUGAAUAAGUAACAUAUCUAUCACAGUUAUACUGUAUAUAUUGGCAUAAGUCAUAAUAUAUAUCAUACAACUACAAUACAUUUUGUCACAUUUGGCACCUCCACUUCGGUGAAAUAAUUGUUAAAAAUUUCGAAAAGCGAAAUCCUUUCCAUUUUCCAAGAUUUUCCCAGUUUUGGUCCGACUCCAGAUUUACUGAAAAACGUCUUUGGAAGUCCGGGAAACUUGUUCUUACGUUGUUCUUACCCCCAAAAGGUUGCCAUUACAGCCUGUUUGAUCUAGAAGUAAUCGUCAGGUGGAAAGAAAUUUCGAUUUCUCUUACAUGUCAAUGACAUAUCAAUGAUUUUAUAUUUUACAUAGCCUAUACAUGCAGUACGAAGGUCCGGCCGUUUCGCAGUAAUCCCAACCCCUAACCUAAUCUAAACUUGAUGACCUUUUUUUUAAUAAUCUCCCCACCCCCGGCUUGGCCUAUAUUUAGAUUAUUGGUUACAACGUGCGGAAUGGGUGGAAGGUCGAUCACCAGAUUGUGAUUUUUUCGAUAUGGAUCCCACAAGUUUUUUUGUAAAAUUAAACUUUCAUUUUUAUAUACUAAAGUUUAAUCUGGGUUAUACCAGCUAACAGCCAAUUUAAGAACGUUUGCUUGAAAAAAUGCUUUUUAUUUGAUCUUUGCCUUGUUUCCGUAGCAUAUCAUUCGUCCAAAAGUACAUUACAGGGUUUAAGGUCGAUUUUAACAUGUGUAAAAGAGUGGACCAAAUUUUCAUCGCAACUCCUUUGAAACUAGACUUCACGUUUAAAGGGCCAAACACAAGCGUUGCUGGAACAAAACAAACAAGGCAACACAUUACGAUUAGAAAAGUGGAUUUAGCCUCUUUGAUUUCUUUGAGAAAUCGUGCUUUGUUCAUUCUGUGUUUCUUUGAUGUAUUUUUGGACCUAUCGCUUCGUUCCGCUGGUGACAUCAUAACUCGUAUCCGAUUCGUGUCGCGAAUUUUCAAGUAAAUCGUCAGAUACACGAAAACUGUCAUUAAAAUGAAGAGUGUCGUAGUUGUAAUCAGUAUUGGACGUAUUAUUUCUUUAUGGGUUAAGCUGAAACCAUAAAUGAUGGUUUGUACGCUACAAAUAGAGACUACGUAUACCAGCAAUUUGGUGUUUGUAAGCACGCGUCGAUGAUAGAAUGGAUGCACUGUGCCUAAAUAUCUAUCAAAAUUCAUAGCAGACAGAGUUGUUAGAGCGUAGAAGAAUAUGAGCAUCCCACAUUUUUUGAGAGUGAAUCCUACAACACAACUUGUUCCGCCUAUAGCCUCGUUUACUGUGUAAAAAGUCACCAAAGGCAUGAAGAAUACUCCAUUUGCCAGAUCGGCGAUGGAUUGUAGUAAUAUAGUGAAAUUGGAUGUCUUUUGCUUCAGUACUCUCGAACGCCAUAUUGUGAUAGCUGUAACGCCGUUCAGGAAAACUGUUGUAAAGGUUAGCGUAAUUGCAAAAAUCACAGCGAAGAUAUGAAUAACGAAAUCUCCCCUUGUAGGGAAUCCGGUGAUUUCUUCAGCUUGGUCGUUCACGAUGUAGCAUGUUUUUAUAAACUUCGCAUUACUACUGCUUGUUAUAUUUGUUGUGUUCAUUUUCCAGUUUUCUGCAAUGCCUGAACGACUUUUAAACGGGCUAAUAUAAAAACUCAAAUUAUAAAGCAUUCAAGGAAUGGAUCGUUUUCUUUUGUGCAUGAUGUUUUAAAUUAUUCAGCAUGCGUGCCUUAGCAGAUGGUAUUCUUAAAGAGUGAAUGGGAUUUCUUCUUUGUUCUUGUCAAUUUUCAUAUGCCUUAAUGCCUAUAUGAAUAAUAUUUCAAAGUUCCAUAUAAAUAAUUGACCCAAAUUUCAGUUCAUUAAGCCCAUUCGCAACGAGCGAAGCGAAUUUUCCCUUUGUCGGCAUCCUUUAUUAGGUAAGCAAAAGCGAAGCCGACAAGGAAAAUAACAUUCCUUUUUAUUCAUUUUAGAUAUAUUAGAAUUGUUUUUUUCACCUCACCCAGCAUUUGUACAAAAACCUGGCCUUGUGUAACGCUAUAUUAUUAACAUUAACAUUUUUUAUACAGGGAGCAAAGUUGUUUUACAUAUCGGGAAUCUCACACGGUCACUACCCAAAGACAGAAAUACAUAACCUUGGCAGGUUUAUAUCAGUAGCAAAAUUUAGACCACUUGCUUGGAGAUCAUCUCAUCCUUAUGUUCUGGCUGAUAGGUAAACGUUAUAGAAUAACACCAUGGUGUUACUCAAAAUAUGAAAUAUCGGCACACUCCUUGCAAUAGUUCUUCAAUCUCCGCCAUCUUUACUUUUUGGACUCGAGUUCUCGCUCCAGAUAUUUACAUGGAGCUCACUGGCUUGUAUACAAUCUUACAGCAAAUAUUUGAAUAUACAAAAUAAACUCUAAAGGGCUAUGUUAUGUAUCAAUGGACCAUUUGCAUUAUAGACUAAAUUUUGAUCUAGAUAAAAAUUUUAUCACAGCUUGAAAGAGCAUCACAAAAUUAGUAAUAUUCCAGAGUUUCGUUGCGAAAUGUUGUAAAAUGCGGAUAAUAUAGCCUUGUGAAAUUUGCAAUUUUCAGUCAUUUUGUAUUACAAACGGGAAAUUGAUGCCCCAACACCCGAUUGGGCUGUCAAUUUCCUGCGUGCGUAAUACAAAAUGACUGAAAAACGGCAAACUUCGCACGGCUGUAUUAUCCACAUUUUACAACAUUUCGCAACGAAACUUUGGAAUAUUACUAAUUUUGUGAUGCUCUUUCAAGCUGUGAUGACAUUUUUGUCUAGAUCAAAAUUUAGUCUAUAAUGCAAAUGGUCCAUUGGAUCAGGUGCAAAUUCUAUACAUUUUAAGCAAAAAAGCUUAUCAAGACUUUUCCUUUAAAUUAGUUCCACGUCUUGUCCGACUCAUUAUUUUUUCCUUAUUUUUUCCUUCCAUUAUUUGUUCGAAUCUUGUUUUCAAAUCUUUAUUUCCGUAUUUGCUUGCUCUGCCCUUCUCUUUGACUUUCGCUUAUUGUUUACAUUCAUAUGCUUCUCCUCUAUCCGUCUUGCUGGUUGACAUGUAACAUCAAGAAUAUCAGUUUGUAGAUUUAUGUCACAGAAUAGAUACCUUACAGCUACUUGGUUUUGCCUAUGAUCUUGGCGUAACCGUUGCAAUGCUGCCGCCAUGUUCCUAGCCAGUGCGCUUAUAAGAGGCAUUCACACCUCUUCAAAAUAAUCAAAUGGCGUAUGUUCAGGGGGAUGAUUGCCUCUCAUCAGCGCACUGGCUAGGAACAUGGCGAAUGCAUUUUGAUGACGAAUCAUGGCGUGGCUGCGGUUACGCUUUUUCUGGCUGAAUCGGCCUUUUGUGAGGUCUUUCGUAAGGUCUCUAUUCUGUGUUCAUGUCCCGCUAAUGCUGACUCUAUAACAUGGCUGCAGGGCUAACUCCUAUUUCAAAACGUAAUAUCAUUAAGAAUUCAGCAGUUACAGGCCAACUACAAAAAUAUCCUGCAGUUACUGGCUAACAACCUGUAAGCCUAAGCCUGCAGUUACUGGCUAACAACUCCAAAAAUCAUGAAGCUAGUUAUCUAAGCCAAGAAUUAAUGGCAACACUUGCAUGCAUGGACUAAGCUCCAUUCGAAGGUUGGCUAUACCUGCACAAUAUUAAGUCUUCAGGCAUGGACUCUAAUCCUUACACGGUUACACCAAGGCUAGCCCUAACCGCUACCCCUGACUCAUAGCCAGCGAGACACGAACUAUAUCCCCAAAUUAAAUGAAUAUAUGUUGUUGCUUCACUAUGGAUUCGCAUUUUCCGAAAGCUCUAGAGGGUGACAUUUCGCGAAAUGCGAGCCCAUUGGAUAUUUUGGAUCUAGUUUGUUAGGUUUACGUUCAGAGAAUUCAAGCUAUAUAGAAUUGUGUGGAUUACAAUGUGCCUAGCUGAUCAGGAAAUUAAAUCUCUUUCAGGAUCGAAGACCUCACAGAUGCGGAGGAAUUGCGUCAAAAUCCUAAAUGUGAUCGUAAAGUUUCCUUUUAUGGCUACGUUCGUGGAGCUAAUGUUAAGACAAACAGCAAAAUUCAUCUCUUAGGUAUAGAAAAAGCUCAGUUGUUGUGCUACAAGUACAGCACUGGUCAAAUGUUUUAGAACACCCGGUCUCAAAAUGCAACCAAUUAAAUAAAAAUUUGACACGUAAUGGAGCGAGACAUUACCCACUCAUUCGUAUAGUUUUUGAAAUUAGCAUUGUAAACCGGAAGUACAGAUGUCACCGAAUGUAUGAGAUUUACUACUUUUUUCCAAAUUUAAUUGUGAUCAUAUUAAUUCGAUUUAAUUUAUUAUUUUUUAUGAUGAUUCUAUUGCAAAAUAUUUGUAUAGUCUUUCAUGAAUAUUGAAUAAUUUCGUUGAGAUGUGCAAUUUUUAAAUUGGAUCAUAUGUACUCAAGUAAAAAAAAUAAUAUUAAAAACUAGCUAUCAGAAUUUUGCAUUAUUUUAUAUUUCAUUCAUUACCGGGAUAAUAAUCAACAGAGACUAUUAUUUAAGGCAAAGUGUAAAAGUUUAAGAUUGAUAUCAAUCCAUGCAAGCGAAAUUUUAGUCCAAAACGUCAGGCUUGUUUGCUAAAUCUAACAGAAACGUCGGUAUUUUCAAAGAGAAUACUGGGUAAUAUAUUUAUAGUCGGUCAACUGUUAGUCCCGAUGUAUUCUAGCUAUAAGGCAGCAGUGAUUACCUUGGCUGAAGUCAAUUUCGGAAGAAAAAAGAAUGACAACUAUUUUUCGAAUCGAUUUAUAUGCGAUGAGGUACGCCAGAUUCCAGCUGUAGUCGUAUUUGUGGUAUUAUACAUCUCAAAACAGAAGCAAGAUAACAAAAUCCUGCACAAUAUGUUAAUUAACAUUCUGUCAUUUUUACCCUUCUUUACAACGCAAUGCAAGUAGUAAUCGUAAAACUUGUUCAUUAUUUAGGAGUUGGUGAUUUCGAAGUUAAAGAGAUCAGCAAAUUACCGGAUCCUUGUCCUCUGCCAGAGAAAGAGAAAAAAAGGUCCUUGAAUGAAAAAGAGAAAUUAUUGUACGCGCCAAUGUGUGGUGUUGGUGGAGUGAUGUACGACAAAGUAUGUAAAUUGAUUCGAGAUAAGGCGUUAUAGGAGGAGUUUUUGAGAGGAUUAGGAGUUACUAUCGCAUGACAGUCAUGUGACCUUUUCGGUUCGAUUCUAUUAGUGUUCCGAAAAUCCAGAGUACUCCGAACAGUAAAUGGAGCAGCAUGCUAUUCUGUUUCUCAGUAAGGUUGCUUACUUACUUCAUGGAGCUUAGUUUAGGUAAUAAUUUCAUGUCCAGUAAUCGAGAAAUAGGAAGGAAUUAGGAUCAAAGUUGGUGUUUGUAAGGGGGAUGUUUUACUCAUGAUAACUGGACACGAAAUUAUAACCCAACUUUAUAUUUGUUUUCUGCAGGAUGCUGUGUAUAUUGAUCUUGGGGGAAGUCAUCACAAUAAGAAAGGGGAUGAAGAUUCCAUACAACGGGUAAACUGUUAAAUACUUUUGUGGGAUUAUUUCGUCUGCAUAUUUACCAAGCUUAAAUGAAAAUAACACAAUGUUAAUUUACCAAGAAAAGUACAAAGUUGCUGGCAAACAAACAAACUAUCACACUUUUUUGUGGCAAUAAGUAAGACUUUUUCGUCGACUGUUUUCCCACGUUCGUUGUUUAGACCUUCAUUCUGUUUAACAUAGCAAUGCAACCAAAGUGACAUAAUAUUGACGAGGUUUUUGUGUUUCCAGAAUUAUCAAGAUCGAGGUUACGAGACGUUCAUAAUUCGGAAUAUCACAAAACAUUCAAUAACUGUUUUAUUAUAUACAUUACAUUUUCAUAACUCUCUAUAACUCGACAAACAAUGAUUUGUCAACAACGUUUGGUUCUCAAAAAACGUAGUAAAAACGGUUUAAAAUAUCACAUUAAUAGCAUAUAAAAAUAUUAGAAAUCUCAUCUAGAAUCUGCACAAAAAUAAUCGCAUAUCUUUGUGUGUGUUUUGAUGUUAUGUACUCAGGUGAAUAUAAUGUUUUUGAUGUUACUCUGAGUGUAUAUCCAGGCAGGCUGAAAAAUCACAUAUUGCUUAUUCCAAGUGUGUUUGUUCGAUACAAGCAAGUUAAGGAAACUUUCCCUGAUAUUUCACUGCUCAUCUGUGGCCUCAGCUAGGUUGGUUGCAUUGAAAUAUGAAAAUAAAAAAGGUAAAAUGGUUUAAAGUUUAAUUUGUUUGAGAUUGUUAUGAAUUUCCUGUCAUAUGAACUUUACAUUUGAUUUUCCGCCAUUCGAUUUUAUCUUUGAAAUAUAAGAUUUCGGAUGAUUUUCUGUUCUGAAAAUUAAAGCACUUCCGUUGAGAUAAGUAAUUUUAAUAACAGUGACUCGAAACUAUGUUUUAUUGUUUGAUAGACUGAAGAAACCCCUGGAAAUGAAUUGUUAUCAUCGCUGUCUGGAAUGCAGGAAACUAUUGACGCAAAGAUGGCUUCCAGUAAACUUUCCCUAUUCAAGGUAAGAAAACAGAUUUAGAAAAGGUAAGAAAAGAGAGAUAUAAACUUACCAAGGCAAGAAAACAGAGAUAGAAUCUUACCAAGGUAAGAAAAUAGAGAUAUAGAAACUUACCAAGGUAUGAAAACAGAGAUAGAAACUUACCAAGGUAAGAAAACAAAGAUAGAAACUUACCAAGGUAAGAAAACAAAGAUAGAAACUUACCAAGGUAAGAAAACAAAGAUAGAAACUUACCAAAAUAAAAAAACAGAGAUAGAAACUUACCAAGGCAAGAAAAUAGAGAUAGAAACUUACCAAGGUAAGAAAAUAGAGAUAGAAACUUACCAAAAUAAAAAAAACAGAGAUAGAAACUUACCAAGGCAAGAAAAUAGAGAUAGAAACUUACCAAGGUAAGAAAAUAGAGAUAGAAACUUACCAAAAUAAAAAAAACAGAGAUAGAAACUUACCAAGGCAAGAAAACAGAGAUAGAAACUUACCAAAAAAAAAAAACAGAGAUAGAAACUUACCAAGGCAAGAAAAUAGAGAUAGAAACUUACCAAGGUAAGAAAAUAGAGAUAGAAACUUACCAAAAUAAAAAAAAACAGAGAUAGAAACUUACCAAGGCAAGAAAACAGAGAUAGAAACUUACCAAAAUAAAAAAACAGAGAUAGAAACUUACCAAGGCAAGAAAAUAGAGAUAGAAACUUACCAAGGUAAGAAAACAGGGAUAGAAACUUACCAAGGAAAGAAAACAGAGAUAGAAACUUACUGCGUAAAGAUCCUAGCAUGCGUUUAAAAAUGUAUUAGAUAAUUGGCUGGCUGACUAACAUACAAUCAGUUGUAAUUUGAUAUUUUCUGC